AUCAUUUGUCAAACCUGAAGCCAAUGCGUAUGCUGUCAAGAGUUCAAGACCACAUGUUUUGUUUAUUUUCCGAAUAAUUACUACUUUUUGAAUUAAUAAAACACACAAACAAUUGGAUUUGCUUGAAAUAAAACUAUGGCUAGUGACGCAGGUGAAGCACAGUUACAAGUUCGUUUCAUAACCAAACAAGAACAAUAUGCAGUUUCGGACAGUCCGUACGCAAUUCAAAGUAACAUUCAGUCCUCAGAGUUGAAUACACUACUAAAUGCAUUAUUGAAAGAAUCUAACAAAACCUUAGAAAAGGCGGUAGAAUUUGACUUUUUAAUAUGUAGCGAGCUACUAGUGUCGUCAGUCGCAGAACACUUGCAGGAGAAGGGUUUAUCCACUGAAGACACUUUAGAAAUUGAAUACUUAGAGAGAUUCCCAGCACCAAGUCCUCAGGAUUGUUUGAUGCAUGAUGACUGGGUUUCUGCAGUUCAUACACAUGGAAAUUGGAUUCUAUCUGGGAGCUAUGACAAUAGUGUUCAUAUUUGGAAUACAAAAGGCCAACAUAAACUUGCCAUACCUGGACACACAUCCCCAGUUAAAGCUGUUUCAUGGGUCUCUUUUAAUGACAGUCAGGCAGUAUUUGUCAGUGGUUCCCAUGAUCAAUCUACAAUGCUUUGGGUCUGGAAUGUGGCUGGCAACUCUGUGGACUGUGUGGUGACAUGUAGAGGACAUGAUAAGGGUGUGGAGUGCCUUUCAGUCUCAGUAGAUGCCAACCGCUUUGCCACUGGCAGCUGGGACAAUAAUGUCUGUCUUUGGAGUGCAAGUCUGUCUGAUGAAGAUAAUGUUCCCGUCAAGAAGAAAAGUAAACCUGAACAAGGAAACGUUAGAGAACCUUUAACAACAUUAAAAGGCCACAGGGAGGCGGUCUCAGGAGUGCAAUGGAUGGAUUAUAACACUGUUGUGUCAAGUGGCUGGGAUCAUUUGCUGAAGAUAUGGGAUUGUGAACUUGGUGGCAUUAAACAGGAAAUUGCAGGCAAUAAAGCUUUCUUUGAUGUGGAUUGGUCACCACUGAGUAACAGCCUAGUAACAGCGUCUGCGGAUAGACACAUACGACUCUACGAUCCCAGAUCUACAGAUAGUAUUGUGAAAACUACAUACACGUCACACACCGGUUGGGUUCAGUCAGUGCGUUGGUCCAAAACUAGAGAUACGCUGUUCCUUUCAGCGGGCUAUGAUGGACAAGUGAAGCUAUGGGAGACCAGAAGCCCAAAAACACCUUUAUACGAUCUAAGCGGCCACGAAGAUAAAGUCCUAUGCUGUGAUUGGACAAAUCCUGCUCUUCUCAUCAGUGGGUCCUGUGAUAACACCCUGAGGAUAUUUAAGUCGAAGCACGCAACAGCCAAUGCGUGAAUUGGUUAGUUUAAGAAUUUAUUAUCUAAUAAAAUAUAUGUUGGCAGUAAA